UGAAGUGGGCGUUAACCCCGCAAAAUUCAACUGUCGGUGUUUUGGUGUCUGCGUGCAGGCGAUUAGUUGCUGAUCAACAAUAGAUAAAUAAAACAUUAACGGAUUUAAUCGAAGAGAAUGGAAAUAAAAAAUGAAGACCCGGCAAAAGUUUCGCGAACAGAGAUACGCAAGCAGAAACUCGCAGAAUACCUUGCAGCGAAAGGCAGGUUAAAGCCACCUAAUCCCAAGCCUUACCUAAAGAACAGUGCUGUUCUGACGAAUCCCCCAGGAGCUGCGCAGAAAUCUCGUACUGUCAUAAAAGGAAAGGAGAAUACAGCCCCCAGUGUUACGGGUGCCAAAAAAGACAUACCAAAAGAGAAUGUACUGGCUGUUCUUACACGUCUCCCCCUAAGAGCCACCAUUUCCCAAACAGCCUCUCAGCAGGCGAGAACAUACUGCAAAACAGCUUGCGCAGUUAGAAAUGCCUCUAUCAGAGAACAGCAAAUAAAACCAGCUCUAUACAGAAAUGUCACAGCUCAAAAGCAAAACAAGACUGUUAAGAAGGGUCAAGUGUCUGUGUCCAGCCAAGCACAAGCUCUUCCCACGUCUACAUUGAAUGCACGUGCAAGCAUCGUCAAAACAGACCUUCAGAUAAGGAGUUUGGUCACUGGUUCAGAAAAGGUGGCUCAGAAAUCUCAGAUCAGUUGUCCCACAGUGAAAGAGCGCCGAAGCAACACUGUUCCAAGCUAUAGAGACUCUAAAUCUUUAAUUAGUAAACAGGCCACAGUGACCCUGAAGCCAGCUGGGGGAACUAGCAAUUUCAGUAAAACAAAAACUGAUUUGAAGAAAACACUGAACAGAUGUCCCGUAGCAGACAGAUCAGCCAAGACACAAAUAAUUUCCCAAGAUACACGAUUACCAAACAAGGUGGGAAAUAAACCAGGGCUUUCUCACACCCAGACAAGUCUUGCAGUUCCAUCCAAGCAAGGAUCCUCUCUCUUGUCGACUUUUAAAAUCGAAAACGCUUCAAAAUCAACCAGCGAGACUGUGACUGGUGUUACGAAAGCAGCGCCACAUCAGCAGCAGCGGCGUACCACAUUUAAACUUCUCUCCAAGCCCAGGGUUCAAGCCCCAGUACCACAGAGUCUUCCACGCCCACCCAAGCCGUCCAGCCUGACCAAUGGGUCGAAGGUGCAGCCAAAGACUCCCAAGUCAACAUUCAAUCCUGGGACAAAUGGCGUCAGGACGGUCCCCCUGGACAAUAGUAAUAAACCAACCACUGCUCAAGAAGAGAGACUCCGUAAACUUAAAGAGUGGCGAGAGGCAAAAGGCAUCACGUAUAAACGUCCGCCGAUGCCUGUACAGCCAGCGAGGAGGAAGACGACCGCUCUGCCUCCUCAGGGAUACUGGAGUAGAAUAGAACAAGAGGACGAGGUCCAUGGCUUUGUCUGUGCUGUUGACCAGUCUCUGAACGACUGCAUCAAACUUCUUCAGCAGGGGUGUCCUGUAGACCAGGUGCGAGAUGUUUUGUCUCGGGUGCCAAUGGCACAGAAAUUUGCUAAAUACUGGAUCUGCCAAGUGCGCUUGAUGGAGCAAGAGGGUAAUCUUGAUGUGCUGCCAGCAUUUGAAGAGGCUGUUCGUCUAGUCAGAGAACCUGUUGAUGAACUGCGCUCUGUGGUUUUUGAGAUCCUAAAGAAGAAAGAAGCAAAAGGUUCAUCCUCAGAGAGAGAGAACGAUGUAGGCAUUGAUGAAGAUGGAGAACACAGUUACAGCUUGUGCACCCCUAAACCUGUCGGCGCACUGAUCCGCGGAGAGAAAAGAGACUCGUCUGUAAUAAAAUACAAGAUCACAGCCACUCCUGGUGGGAAAAGGAGCCAGCAGAAGCCAGGGUAUGUUAAUGGCCACGAAAUCCGCUUCAUCACUCCAGUGCGCCGUUCUCUGCGUAUUGAGAAAACAUCCUCCCGUUACCCAGCAGUCCUGCAGGAGUGCGACCCCUGUAUCUCCUCUGUUCAUGAACUCUUGGCCGAGGAUGAAGGUCAGAAUGGGGUCACACGUACAGCAGAAACACCGACCUCUCCGCUCUACGUGUAUCGAGAGAAUGAAGCCCUGAGGGAGCAUGUGCAGAUCCAACUGGUUUAUGAUGAUACCGAUGCAUCAUGAAGCCGUGGCAGAGAAAGUGCCGCUCCAACCGGUUUUAUAACCGUUCUGAUGCAAUAUGAAGCCGUGACGGAGAAUGCUGCAAGUUCUACAAUAAAAUGAUUACAUGAUUAUCUAAGUAAUACUGCUUUUUUUUUUUUUUUUUUUUUUUUUUUUAAACCAAGCACAUCAUCACUUUCACUGUAUUGUGAAAGUGUUACAUCCUUUUUUAUUUUUUACAGUGUUGUGGGAAGAAAACCGGAAAGAUAUUACUCAUAACUACAUGCUUAGGCUGGUAGCACCCUAAGCAUCAUAAAGAAGACAUUCUUAAUGAUUGUAAAUCUUUUUUUAGAGACUGUAUAUGAUAUGGGAUUAAAUUGUGGCAAACCAGCAUCUGUGGUGUUUUAUU